AUGGCUCUAGGAAUAUCGAGCGGAAUGGCACAUGCGCAUGUGAAGAACGUGAUGCACUGCAAUAUCAGCUGCCGCAAGCUAUUCUUAUUCCCUGGCUGGUGUGUCAAGGUUGGGGGUUUUGGAAGUGCUGCAGUUGAUGUAGAUCUUUCUAGGGGCAAUAUCGUUGAGGAGAUCCACUAUGAAGUGCCCCUUCGAGGCAGAGCUUUCGACCGUCGCCCCUCCCUCAAACAGGAGCUCUUUGCUUUAGGAUCUGCUAUUUACGAGAUAAUGGCUUGGGAAAUGCCAUUUGAGGAACUCGAGACUGACGAUGUUGAGAAGAAGUAUGCCGCAGAGGAGUUUCCCGAUGUGACGCGGCUUUUAGUAGGAGAUAUUAUUCGCGACUGCUGGGCUGAGAAAUUUGAAACAUCAAGACACGUCGAAAAGGCCAUAAGGUAG